CAGGUUGCGCCUUGUUUUGCCCCUGGUUACCGCGUCGUUCGCUCCUCUAAAUAAACGGAGCGCUGGAGUGAAGGCCGGCGCCCGCGCAUCGGAGUGAGCAGGAUGGCAGGCUGAUGUUCCCGGCUGGCAAAGUGAAGUUCGGACAGCUCUAAUCAUCUUGAACUGAAAAUGGCAAAGAAAAAAAAGAAAGGCAAAAGAGGAAGUAAUGAAGAUAAAAUGAACUUGGCAGAAGCUUUUCUGGGAUUUCGAUUUCAGGUAAAGGAGACAGCUAUUGAAAAAUUCACAAAUGAAUUAAAACAACUUGAAGAAAUUAAUGCACGAUACAGAGAACAAAAUGAACAGUUGAAGAAGGAACAGAAGGAACACAUCAAAAGUUUAUUUAAAUUGGCCAAAGAACAAGAGAAAGAAUUGGAACGCAAAGAGUUAAUCAACACUGAACAAGUAGAACAAGCCAUGAAAGAAAAUAUUGAUCUAGUUAAACAAAAUGAACAGCAAGUGCAAGACAUACAGAGCUGGAUAGCCAAUGUGGAGCAAGAUAUCCUGAAGGUGACAGAAGUGAAAAAGCAUUGGCUAGAAUACAAAAAUGUUGGAAGUGUUGAACAUGGCAAAAUUAUUGAGUCUCGAGAAAAUGAACUCCUUGAGAUGGCCAAAAGUUUCAGUGAGAUGGAAGAUCACUUUUCUAGAACCUUGGAAAGGGCAAAAGAAGAAACAGAUAAAUUAGCAAAGAAGCAAAUGGAUGAAAAAAAGGCAAUCGCUACACAGAAAGCAAUAAGUUAUUUGGGAAGACACAAUCGACAAGAAGUGAAAGAAAAUGAUUGGCUAAGGAAAGAGCUAAAACAAUACAGAAUGGAAGUUGCUAAUAUAGACCAAGCUGUUCAGAAGGUUGAAGAGGAAAAUCUAGAAAUUUUGAGUCAAUUGUUUGAUUGUCAGAUCAGUGACUUGAAUAAAUACAGGAACUUGAUUGAGAUUUGUGCAGUUCAACCUAAAGACCAUGACACCAGCUUAUUGGAAGGUGCUUCCACUGAAUUAGAUCGCAGAGGUGAAACCUCAGGAAUGCAGGUACAGCAUCUUGAAGCGGACAGAGGUUGCCAUCGCUGUAAGAGUGGACUUCAUGCCAGACUUCAUCAGGAUAUGAAACUACCACUCCCUAGCAUUUUGUUCACUGAUGCAUAUAGUCACUGGAGAACAAAACAGAGGACCUAAGAGCAAGGUUGCUGUAUCAGAGUGAAAUGAGGGAUUGCUGUAUUCUCUGUUUCAGUGAGACAUGGCUCACUCCAGACACAGCAGAUAAGGCAAUUCUUAAUCUACCAGGUGGAUCAAAUUGCAGAACAUUCAGCCAAGGCAAGAGUUGGGGGGCUGUGUUUCAUGAUAAACUUCAUAGUGCUUGGAUCUAGCAGUCUUGUGGCAUUCUUUUUCUCCCAACUUGGAACAUCUGAUGAUUAAGUGCCAGCUAUUCUACUUACCAAGUAAGUUCUCCAUCUUGAUGCUGACUAUAGUUUACAUAGCACCAUAGACAGAUGUUAAGCAAGUACUUGAUGUAUUGAAUGCCAUGAUUAGCAAACAAGGAACAGGCUACUCGAUGCCUUUCACAUCCUUGCUGGGGACUUCAAUCAUGCUUGCUUGAAUCUGCCCAAUUAUCAUCAUAUCACCUGCAGUUCCAGGCAUCCCAACACACUUGACUACUGCUACAUUACAGAAUGCCUACCAUUCCAUUCCUAGCCCACAUUUUGGGAAAUCUGAUUAUUUGGCUGUCCUCAUCCUACCACCAUACAGGCAGAGUCUGAAGAGCAAGGCACCAAAGGUAAGGGCAACAAAGAGGAGGUUACAAGAAGCAGAGAAGCAGCUAUGGGAUUGUUUCAAGCUGGUGGGACCAGGCCAUGUUCAAGGACUCAGAGGAUCUGAAUGAAUAUGCCACACUUGUCAUGGACUUUAUAAAGACACCCAUGGAUGAGUGUGUGCCCACAAAAUCAUUUAGUGACCUCCCCGACCAAAAGCCCUGGAUGAGUCAAGGGAGCUGCAGUCUGCUGCCUUCAAGUCUGGCAACCAAGGAAAGUACAAGAGGCCCAGGCAUGACUUCUGGAAAGCUAUCUCACAUAUGAAGUGGCAUCUUUAAGCUCUCACUUCGACAGUCUGAGGUACCCAGUUGCUUCGAUCAUAGCAGUGCCCAAGAAGAAUGUGGUAACCUGCCUCAAUAACUAUUGUUCAGUAGCACUUACAUCCACUAAGAUGAAGUGCUUUGAGAGGUUGGUGAUGAAACAUAUCUACUUCUACCUGAGUGACCUGGAUUCACUCCAAUUUGUACAUGGUUAUGACAGGUCAAUAGCAGAUGCUGUUACAUCGACCUCUUCACUCAACUCUGGAACAUCUGGAUGGUAAAGAUUCAUACAUCAGGAUGCCCUUAAUUGACUACAGCUCUUCAUUCCACAAUCAUUCCCUCACAACUAAUCAAUGAGCUCCAAGACUUGGGCUUCAAAACUUCCUAAUGCAUCUGGAUCAUCAAUUUCCUCACUUGCAGACCACAGUCAGUUCAAAUUGGCAUUAACAUCUCUUCCACAAUCACCGUCAACACAGGUGCACUUUAUUCUUAUAGCUGUGAGGCUAAGUACAGCUCUAAUCCCAUAUUUAAGUUUGCUGGCAACACCGCUGUCGGCUGAAUGGUGCUACAACAACAACCUCUCACUCAAUAUCAGCAAAAUCAAAAAGUUGAUUAAUGACCAUUGGGGGGGAAACUGCAGGUCCAUGAGCCAGUCCUCAUCAAGGAAUUGGAGGUGGAGAGGUCAGUAAUUUUAAAUUCAUUGGUGUUAUCAUUUCAGAGGAUUUGUCCUGGAAUCAGUAUUUAAGUGUCAUUAUAAAGAAGGCAUGGCAGUGCCCCUAGUUUCUUAGAAGGUUGCACAGAUUUGCCACAUUAUCUAAAUUUGUUGAACUUCUAUACAGGCACAAUGGAGUGUAUCCUGACUGGUUACAUCAUGGCUUGAUAUGGAAACAUCAAUGCCCAAAAAUAGAAAAGCCUACAAAAAGCCCAGUCCAUCAUAGCCGUCCCCACAUCUGAGCACAUCUACAAGGAGUGCUACCACAAGAAAGCAGCAUCCUUCAUCAAGAUCCCCCACUGUUCCAACCAUACUCAUUUUCUCUUGCUGCCACCAAGAAAGAGGGAUAGUGGCCUUGGGUCCCACACCAAGUUCGUUGAGUUAUUACUCCUCAACGAUCAGGUUCCUGAAUCAACAUGGAUAUCUUCACUCAGUUCAAAACUGAACUGAUUCCACAACCUGUAGACUCACUUUGAAUAAUUCUCAAUAUUAUUUAUAACUUUAUUAUUAUUUUGUACUUUCACUGCUUGUCAUCUUUUGCAUGUUGUUUGUUUGUCCACCUUUGUGUGUAGUAUUUCAUUGCUUCUAUUGUGAUUCUUUGUAUCUACUGUGAAUGCCCAUCAGAAAAUUAUCUCAGGGGAGUUUAUGGUGGUAUACGUACAUUGAUAAUAAAUUUAUUUCGAACUUCUGUUGCUAUUGACUUAUAGCCCUGAUUUCAGACAUAUUAUAUGAAGAUGCAAGAUAAGCGGUGUAUGUUACUUAUUCACAAAAAUGUAAAGCUCAAUAGUCUGGAAUUGAUUUUUGUUGCCAGCCUGGACUGAUAGAGAAAUUGCAAGUUGGAUGCGGGCAGGUUUUGUUAAUUAAAAGAAGCAUCGUUUAAUGGGAUGUUACAUUUCAUAAAAGAAGAGUUGAUUUUUUAUUUAAUGUGGUUGGACCUGAAUUUUCAAAAGAAGAAAAAUAAAUUCCACCAGAAAAAAAGCCAGGACUUCCCAUGUACCUGGUCAUUGUUUCUUUGUCCAAGACUCUGGGGAAAACCAGAAAGAAAAAACAUGACAUAUAAAUUGCAGUUCCAACCUAAAGUUAGAAGUGGGGAUAUUUGCUGAUAAAUGCACAGUUUUCACUACUAUUUGUAGCUCUCACAUAAUGAAACACGUGCAGCAAUAAAUGAUAAGAGUCACAUAAGCACCAGGCAAGGAUCAUUUCUACCAAAAAGUAGUCUUAACUACCUUCACUUGACAUUUAGAGAUUUGCCAUAUUUCUUAUUAUCAUCCUGGAAAUUGUGAUUAAAAACUUAAUUGGACCAGGCACAAGAGCACAUUAGAGUCCAGGUAUCUUGCAGUGAGUGACUCAUCUUAUGAUUCAUGUUCUAUCAGAGUUAUACAGCACAGAAACCCAACUUCAGCACAGCUCAUCUAUGCCAACCAAGGUACCUAUCUAUAUGAUUCCCAAUUCCUGUGUUUGACCAAUAUUUCUCCAAACCUUUACCAUCCAUGUACUGCCCAAAUGUCUUUUAAAAAUUGUAAUUCUGUCUACCUCUACUACCUCCUCUAGCAGCUCAUUUUAACCGCUGACCGGAAAAACAUUCCCCUCAGAUACCCUUUUGUUCUAUCCCCUCACUUUAAAAUACAUCCUCUAGUUUUAGAGUCCCCUACCCUAGAGAAAAAGACUGUAAUUAUCUACCCUUUCUAUGCCUCUCAAUUUUAUAAACUUUCAUAAAGUUAAUGUAGGAAAAACAAUCAAGUUGUCCAGUCCAAGCAACAUUCUUGUAAACCUUUUCUGUAUCUCCUAACUUAAUCAUAUCCUUCCUAUACUGUGGCAAGCGGAACUUGUGCAGAAUACAAGUACAAACAAACCAACAAUUUAUAUAAGUAGCAUCACAUCUCUUACACUCAUGCUGUGCAUUCAAGAAAACAUGCUUAGCCCAUUGUUCUGCUUUACUCUUUGUACACCCAUGACUGUGUGCACAACAGCAACCUUGCACUCAAUGUCAGUAAAACCAAGGAAUUGAUUGUGGACUUCUGGAAGGGGAAGUCGGGGGAACACACAACAGUCCUCAUUGAGGGAUCAGGAGUGGAAAGGGUGAAUAGUUUCAAGUUCCUGGGUGUCAACAUCUCUGAAGAUCUAUCCAGGGCCCAACAUAUUAACGUAAUUACAAAGAAGGCAUGACAGUGGCUACAUUUCAUCAGGAAUUUGAGAAGAUUUGGUGUGUCACCAAAGACUCUUGCAAAUUCCUACAGAUAAACAGUGGAGAGAAUUCUAACUGGUUGCAUCACCAUCUGGUAUGGAGGAGCUACUGUACAGGAUUGGAAAAUGAUGCAGAAAUUUGCAAACUCAGCCAGCUCCAUCAUGGGCACGAGCCUCCCCAGCAUUGAGGACAUCUUCAAAAGGCAAUGCCUUAAAAAGACAGCAUCCAUCUUUAAGGACCCCCCAUCACUCAGGACAUGUCCUCUACUCAUUGCUGCCUUCAAGUUGGUGGGACAGGAGCCUGAA